CAAAAAGAGGAAGACCGCAUGCUAUGGUUGUUCGGAGAUUCUUCGAAUUCACGAUCUUAAAGUCAUAUGAUUCACAGCAAAUAUAGCAACAAAUAUCUCAAUUCGCAUUUUCCAAAGCCACGAAACGUGCAUUGAGUUUGGAGCGAUAUGUGAAGUGAAGAUUGAAGACGUGAUAGAAGAUGGACGACUACUGCUAUGCUAAGAUGGCGACGUCCGCUAAAAGAGAAACUGAAAGAGAAUCAACUUCCAGCAAAUCACCAACGGAGAUAAAGACGAAAGAUGAAGACGUCCAGCAGCUGAUCGGUAAUCCAGAAGAAGUUUCCCCUCAGUUAGGGGGGAGCUCCACUUUGAAGCAGGAGACUCCACAACCACCCUGCAUUAAAAAGGAAGAGGAGGAACUCUGCAUCACUCAGGAGGGAGAGUGUCUUCUAGGAGGAGAGGAAGCUGAUUACACCAAGUUUCCACUGAAUGUUAUCUUUGUGAAGACUGAAGAUGAUGAAGAGAAACCACAAGUAGACAACCUCUUAGCUCCACUAUCAGAUAGUGAGGCUGAAGACGAGGUUGAAGAACCUUUGAGCAGCGAUACAGACUGUGAAGGUGAUAUGAGGACUCACACUGACAACAAACACUCUGAAUGCUCUACAAAGAAGAGAGGUAAAACAUGCUUGAGCUGUUCAAUUUGUGCUGAAAGUUUUACUAUAAAGGGCAAUUUGACUCGACACAUGAGAACACACACAGGUGAAAAACCAUUUAUUUGUUCAGUUUGUGGCAACAGCUUUUCUGGUAAGAGCAACUUGACUCAACACAUGAGAACACACACAGGUGAAAAACCAUUUAAUUGUUCAGUUUGUGGCAAAAGCUUUUCUGGUAAUAGCAACUUGACUCAACACAUGAGAUCACACACAGGUGAAAAACCAUUUAAGUGUUCAGUUUGUGGCAGAAGCUUUUCUUGUAAGAGCAAUUUGACUCAACACAUGAGAACACACACAGGUGAAAAACCAUUUAGUUGUUCAGUAUGUGGCAAAAGCUUUUCUCGAAAUAUCGAUUUGACUUACCACAUGAGAACACACACAGGUGAAAAAACAUUGGAGUGUUCAUUUUGUGGCAAAAGCUUUUCUGUUACGAGCAAUUUGACUAAACACAUGAGAACACACACAGGAGAAAAAACAUUCAGUUGCUCAGUUUGUGGCAAAAGCUUUUUUCGAAAUCCUGGUUUGACUAAACACAUGAGAACACACAGGUGAAAAACCAUUUAAUUGUUCAGUUUGUGGCAAACGCUUUUCUCACAGUACCUCUUUGACUCAACACAUGAGAACACACACAGGAGAAAAAACAUUUAGUUGUUCAGUUUGUGGCAAAAGCUUUUCUGAUA